AGGUAUUCAAGCUGGGCCGAGUCAUGGCUGGACGACCCAUCUAUCUAGGAGACCAGCUGGUUCUGGAAGAAGAUUAUGAUGAGAAUUACAUCCCCAGUGAGAAAGCCAGAACAUUACAGGUGAUAUUUACUAUUUCAACUUUGCUAAUGGGCAGUCCACGUGGGACCACCCUUGUGACCAGUACUAUCGGAACUUGGUGAUCCAAGAGCGGGAGAAAUUGUCAGCUCGCGAGGCCAUUAAGAAGAAAGACAAGAAAAAGAAGAAAGAAAAGAAAAGCAAGAAGGACAAAGAGACCUCCAAAAGUCCUCUGGUGAGGUGAACAACUUUCCCUGGGGUCUGCAGAACUCCCUGGGGUCUGUGCCAGGUAUGGGCCAGUCAGGUCCCGAGCCCAGAGAUCCACAUUUCUGCCCCUUCCUGGUGCCCCCGCUGACCCACAUGCAGAGCUCUCCCGAGGAGCAGUCAGAGAGUGAAGACUACUCCGAGGACCAGAGGUUCUACCAGCACAUCCUGCAGAUGGUCAGGCUCUCCAGGCGGCUGGAGGGCCUGGGGCUGCCUGAGGACAUGCAGGAAGUACCGUGCAAAGACAUCACCGGCAUGGCCUGUCGCAUGGCUGCUGAGUCUUCCAGGAUGUCUAGUGACAGUGAACACGAGGCCAUGGAGAGGGACUCCAUAUUACUGGCUUGGGGGCCAGAGCUGCUGGAACAGCCUCCGAAGGUGGCUCCCACCCCUACUGGGCAGGAGGCCUCUCAGCAAGCACUGUGCCAGCCAAGCAGCGACCUCAGGCAGGGGCUGAGUUCCGACACUGGGCUUCCUGCAGAGCCAGGCAAGCCGCAACUUCUCAACCAGGCCCUGAGUUCUCCCUUAGCCCCCGUCCAUGCUCCUCUUUGGGGCCUGGCUCCGAUACGAGGCCUUGGAGAUGCCCCACCCUCUGCUCUUCGUGGAUUGCAAAGCCAGGGGAGCUCUAAAGAGCCUGGUCAGCUUGGAGAGCCCACACUGCCUCCACAGGGUCUCAAGACUUCUGCUUGCACAAAGGGUCUCCUGGGCACCAUCCAUGAGGACAAGGAUACUCUCGGCCUCUUGGCUGUAGGGGAAGAGAUCAAUGAAGAAGAUGAGGAGAGUGACAACCAGAGUGUCCGCAGUGCUAGUGAGCGUCUCAAGAACCUGCACCUGGACCUGGGUGCCCUGGUGGGUGACUUUGAGUAUGAGGAGUCUCUAAGAAUCAGCCAGCCAGCGGACAAGAAGGACGUUUCUCUUGACUCCGAUGCUGCCCGGCCCCCUACUCCUGGCAAGCUGUUCAGUCAGGACAGAGAUAGAAGUCUGCACAGUGCUGAUGGCAACGGGCCCCUGGGAAGAGGGGCGAGUUCUCGGCACCCACAAAAGGAAGAGAGUGAGAAGAGUGAUCUUGAGGUUUCUGCGAGUCAGGUGGACCCUGGGGCAGACCCUGGAAUUGCUCAGCCUGCCAAAGCCUCUAAAAGGGAGCCAGAGGAGGACCCAGCAGAUGCAGAGGAGGGUUCCAUGCGGGAAGAGGCAGCAAGGGAGCCAAAAGAGGCUUCUGCCCUGGAAGAGUGCAGAUCAGAUGCCAGCGAGGAGUCAGAGAUCAUUGAACACUUGAAGGACUCACAGCUCUCAGACUCCAUGGCUUCUGACCCCAAGUCCUUCCUUGGCCUGGACUCGGGUUUUCGCAGCCGCUUCAUGGAGCACCUGCUGGAUGGAGACAUGCUUUCUCCAGUCCCGGCUCAGGGGUUAGGACGAGAAGAGCAGGAUGACAGCCAGUCCAGCAAAGCUGAUCCACAGAAAAAGCAGUCCCAAGGCUCGGAGAGUGGAGGGUCUCAUCCUGUUGCUCUGGCUGGCCUAACCAGGUUAUCUCCCCCACUUCUGCAUGGGGUGCAGCUCCAGAGUCCCCUUCACAGCCAGGACACUGAGGAAGGGCCUCGGCACGCGCUUGAGGGAAAAUCCCAGUGCAAGGAAGCAGAGGAACCUAGGGAGAACUCUCUAGCGAGCCCCACUCUGCUGGCGCCCCUCCAGAGGGAGCAGGCCCCAGGCCCACCUGCUGCCCAGGAAAGGGCCAAGGAGCAGCGUUCCCAAGAUGAGGAGCUGGGCCUUGGGCAGCCAGAGGCCAAGGAGGAGCCUGAGGAGAAGGUGGCAGGCAGCCCCACCUUACCUGUCUCUCCAGAGGUGCAAUCCACAGAGGCUGUGCCUCCCCCUAAGCAGCUCUCAGAGGUCACUCGAAAGGCCAUGGAAGAGGCAUUGGUCCAAGAAUUGGAGGAAAACCAGAAGUGGCUGCUGGAAUUGCAGCGGGAGAAGGUGCAGCAGAUGCAGGAGAGGCUGUGGCAAGAGGAGAAAGAGGAGAUGCUCAGGCUUCACCAGCAGAAGGAGAAGUCCCUCAGCUCCCUGAAGGAGCAGCUGCAGAAAGCUACCGAGGAAGAGGAAGCUCGGAUGAGAGAGGAGAGAGGCCAGAGGCUGGCCCAGCUCCGAGCCCAGGUGCGGUCCAGCAUGGAGGCAGAAGAGGAGCGAAUCAGAGCCGAGCAAGAGGCUGCCCUGCAGAGGCUGCGGGAGGAGGCCGAGUCCCUCCAGAAGGCCGAGAGGGCUAGCUUGGAACAGAAAAGCAAACGGGCACUGGAGCAGCUACGGGAGGAGCUGGAGGCUUCAGAGAAAAGCGCCCAGGCCACCCUGAAGGCUGAGAAAGAGGCAGCUCUGCAGCGGCUCAAGGAGCAGCUGGAAGGGCAGAGGAAAGACGCCAUGGGCGAGUUGGAGAGGGAGCACAGUGCUGAGCUGGAGCGGCUCUGUGCCUCGCUGGAGGUCAGGCACCAGGAGAUGGUCUCCAGCCUCCAGAAGAAGAUAGAGGAAGCUCAACAGAAAAAGGAGGCCCAGCUGCAGGAGAGCUUUGCUCGGGAGGAGCAGAAGGCUUAUCAGAAGGUUCACCAGGUCACUGAGUAUGAGCAGGAGCUCAGCAGCCUCAUGCGGGAGAAGCGCCAGGAGGUGGAAAGGGAGCACGAGAGGAAGAUGGACAAGAUGAAGGAGGAGCACCGGCAAGUGAUGGCUGAGGCUCGAGAGCGGUAUGAGGCCGAGGAAAGGAAGCAGAGGGUUGACCUCGUGGGACACCUGACUGGAGAGCUGGAGCGCCUGAGAAGGGCCCAUGAACGAGAGUUAGAGACCGUGAGACAGGAGCAUGAUCAGCAGCUUGAGGAGCUGCGCCGCCGCCACCGGGAGCAGGAAAGGAGACUCAAAGAUUUAGAGGUGGAAUUUGCAACCAGAACUAAAAAUGUCAAGACCAGAUUGGCUCAGCUGAAUGUCCAGGAAGAGAACAUGCGGAAGGAGAAGCAGCAGCUCCUGGACAUGCAGAGGCAGGCAGCUCUGAAGAAGGAGGAAGCCACAGCCGCCCAUCAGCAGCUGGAGGAAACUAAGAAAGAAUACAGCCUCCUGGUGGAGUCGAAGCAGCAGCUCCGAAGGACCAUCGAAGAGCUGCGGGUGCAGAAGGUAGAGCUGGCAUCCGAGGUGGAUGUGCUGCACAUGCAGAGUCAGAGGCUGCAAAAGCACGUGAGCAGCCUGGAGGCCAGAGCUCAGAGGAAGCAGGACAUCUUGAAGGAGCUGGCCAUAGAGGAGAGUAAUGCUUCCCCCCUUUCGGAGCCGGCUCUCCAGAUUGAGGACCUGAGGAAAUCUCUUGGGACAAACCAGACCCAGGAGUUGUCCUCAUCUCUCUCCCAGAGUAAGGAGGAGACCAACUUGUCCAUGGACAGCAUCCGGCACUUCCUCUCUGCUGAGGGCGUAGCUGCCCGUAGUACCAAGGAGUUCCUGGUGCGGCAGACACACACCAUAAGGAAGCGAGAGAUGGCUCUGAAAGCUGCCCAGCAGUGUUGGCGCCACAAACUGGCCCAUGCUCAGGAGGUGGACAAGGACCUGCUUAAUACCAAGGACAUGGAAACUGUGCACAAGAAUAUGGAGAAGGAGAGCAGGCACCUGGACGAGAUGAAGUCAGCCAUGCGGAAAGGCCACGACCUGCUCAGGAAGAAAGAGGAGAAGCUAAAUCAGUUGGAGUCGUCCCUUCAAGAAGAGGUUGAUGAGGACUCUCUGAGGGCAUCCUCUCCCAAGAAGGUGACCUUUGACCUCAGUGAUACGGAAGACAUGAGCAGUGCAAGUUCCCAAUCCUGUCCCCUACCUCACUUCACUCCCACUCCAAGCUUCGCCUAUCCCAACAAGAUCCAUUUUCUGAGCAGUUCCCUCCAGCGGAUCAGCACUGAGCUAAACAAUGUCCUGAGUGUGCUGGGUAGCCUCAACACUCAGCCGCCGCCGCCGCUCUUCACCUCCUCGCUGCGGACCUCCAAGAGCGCCCCUGCUCCUGCCUACGCCUCCAUGACCGGCCUCUCAUCCUUGUCCUCUGCUGCCCCCACAUCCACCCAGUGGGCCUGGGACCCCGGGCUGAGCCCCAAGCUUGCCUCCUCCUCUCAAACUGUGGAUGAUUUUCUGCUAGAGAAGUGGCGCAAGUACUUUCCCUCUGGCAUUCCAUUGCUCAGCAGCUGCCCUCCCCCGCUGGAGAACAGGCUGGGCUACAUGUCUGUGAGUGAGCAACUCCAUGUCCUGCAGCGUCCCCAUUCUCAAGUCCCCAAGGUGGGCGUCACCAGCAUUCAGAGCAUGAUCGAGUCUAACCGGAAGUGGCUAGAAAAUUUCAAGAAUGAUCCCAAAGUACAACUCUUCUCGGUGCCCAAACCCACAGCUGCUUCGGACCUAUUGCAGCUGGGUCUGGAUGAGAACAACAGAUUGAAGGUGUAUCAAUACUGAGCCCUGGGUGGGCCCAGCUGAACCCUCUCCGAGAACAAGUGCCUGAAGAGCUGCCUGCACUUUAUUCCCUCUGACCAAGCCUUGCAUCCUCUGCUGGGUGCUGACCCAGGACUUGGAAGGAACCAAGGUGGCGAGGGGUGGGUGGAAAGCAUGGUAGGGCUGGAAAUAGCAAGCCACGCACUGUGGCCAUGGACUGGCUUGGACUGAAAUGUGUGGACUUCUGUGAGCUCCCGCUUCUACCUGACACCUGGGAAGUGCGACUGCAGAGGGGCCUCAAGGGUAUGGCACCUUCAUGAGGAAGGUGGUGUGACAGGACCUGCCUUGGGGGCCAACGGAGUCCCCCUGGAGUUUAGGCCCUGCCUUUAAAGUCUUGCUUAGGGCUCCCUCAAAGGUGCGGUCCUGGUUCUUAACUGAUCAGGUCCAAGCAUCCCAGCAUGGCUGUCUUCCUGGACCUGGCUCUUCUGGGCCUGCACCUGUUUCUCUGAUACCUCAUCCUCACAGAGAUUGGAUCCUUUUCUCUCUUUUUGCCUUUCUUUUUUAUUGUCUUCUUUUGAGUGUCUCAGGAUUGGGCUCAGCUGCCCCAGGCCUGCUGGAGACUGGGCCCUAGAAGUUCUGCCUCUUCUUCCUCUGGACAACACUGUGCAUUCCUCAGGGCUUUCCUUAGGAACACCCUCCCCUCUGGGUCUCCUCCCUGGAGCCUCCCAGUCCAGUGCGUUAGGGUCUCAAGCACCCUGCUUCUCUAAGAAGCCCAAAAGCCAUAGUAACUAACUGGGAUGGCUCCUGUACCUCAUAUUAGUUUUUCGCCUCGUACAGCACCCGGAAUUUAUCCACGAGCUCUGCUGCGUCUGUCUACUGUGCCACCCUGCCUGAUCCCACUGCUGCCUCUUCACGGAGCUUGGUGUGAGGGGCCGGCUUGUGCCUGGCAUUGGCAGGAAGGAUCUGGGCCAAGUGGAGCUGCUGGCACAAUUUUCAUAGCUCCACUUUCCAUCAGCGGGCUCCCCAGGAGUUGCAGGCGAUGUUCCCAACAUCUGUCCCAUUGUUUAAAUGAAACACAUUCAUUUUCUUGUCUUGACUGCUAUGGACGACCUUCACCCCUCUAGUCCCCGACACCGACUCCCAAGGUCUGACUGCUCAUUUCUUUGCUGUGGAAUAAGACACUAAGGUCCAGUGGGCUUUUUUAUCCUGUCAGGUAUUUUUAAGGCAUCAGCUGACCACACAUGGAAAAAAGUCCCUUUUGUUGUUUGGCUUAUUCAGUUUGCCUUGGGACCAGCUUAUGUGAUAUGACCAACUCUGAUGACAAUCCUGUGUUUUCUGCAUCAAUUAAAUCUUUCAGACAUGUUUUCUACAA